AGGUGUGGAGGCUCCUCCUGAGUUCAGGAGAGAGCAUGGAAGGGGAGUGGCCUGCUAGGACAUGCGUCUUCCUCUGCCUCACUGUCAGCCUUCUGCUCCAAGGAAGGGCGGACACUUCCACCAUCAAUUGCUCAGGCUUUGACCAACAUGGAGUGGACCCCGCUGCCUUCCAGGCUGUCUUUAAGCUGAAGACCUUCCGUCCAGCCACCAACUACAGCGUCCCCACGCAUGUCAACAUCUCCUUCACCCUGUCCGCCAUCCUGAAGGUGGAUGCCCAGCUCCAGCUGCUGACGUCCUUCCUGUGGUUAAACAUGGUCUGGGAUAACCCGCUCAUCAGCUGGUACCCCCAGGAAUGUGGCAACAUCAGCAGGCUCACCGUGACGGCCGAGAACCUGUGGCUCCCCGACAUCUUCAUCGUGGAAUCCAUGGACGUGGACCAGACCCCGGAAGGCCUCUCCGCCUAUGUGACUAAGGACGGGCGCGUCACGUACAACAAGCCCAUGCGGGUGACCAGCAUCUGCAACCUGGACAUCUUCUACUUCCCCUUCGACCAGCAGAACUGCACGCUCACCUUCAGCUCCUUCCUCUACACGGUGGAUAACAUGCUGCUGGGCAUGGAGAAGGAAUUGUGGGAGAUAGUGGACACCUCACAGGACGUCGUCCGCACGCAGGGGGAGUGGGUGCUCCUGGGCAUCAACAAGGCCACCCCGAAGAUGUCUGUGGGCUCCAGCCUUUUCGACCAGAUCAUGUUCUACGUGGCCAUCAGGCGCAGGCCCGUCCUCUAUGUCAUCAACCUUCUGGUGCCCAGUGGCUUCCUGGUCGCCAUUGACGCCCUCAGCUUCUACCUGCCGGCCGAGAGUGGGAACCGCGCCCCGUUCAAGAUCACCCUCCUGCUGGGCUACAACGUCUUCCUGCUCAUGAUGAACAAACUGCUCCCCGCCAGCGGCACCCCUGCCACUCCACUUGAGAGAAGGGGUGUCUACUUCGCGCUGUGCCUGUCCCUGAUGGUGCUCAGCCUGCUGGAGACCGUCUUCAUCACCUACCUGCUGCACCUGGCCACCACCCAGCCGCCGCCCAUGCCUGGCUGGCUCCACUCCCUGCUGCUGCGCUGCACCCGCCCCAGGACGCGCUGCCCCUCUGCGCCCCAGCGGGGAAACAAGGGCCUGGGCCUCCCCGCCACCCACCUGCCCGGCCUGAAGGAGCCAGCAGAGCUGGUGGGGAGGGCGCCGGGUCCCGGACAGGCCGAGUUCCCCGGGUGUCCUGCACUGACGGAGGUUCAGGGGGACCAUGAGGCCCGGAAGCAGCGCUUGGUGGAGCUGUGGGUGGAGUUCAGCCACGCGAUGGACACCCUGCUCUUCCGCCUCUACCUGCUCUUCAUGGCCUCCUCCGUCAUCACUGUCGUCGUCCUCUGGAAUACCUAGGCCUUGAGUUCCUGCUGUGCCCGAGCACCCCACAAUAUCCUCGUCCUUGACUGGCCACACCAGACACUGUCCCUCUGCUCCCACCUCCUCACAACCCCAAGUACGGCCACGGCCCUGCCCCAGCCCUCUGCUCCCACCUCCCCACAGCCCCAAGUACAAACACAGCCCUGCCCCAGCCCUCUGCUCCCACCUCCCUGCAGCCCCAAGUACCCCCACGGCCCUGCCCCAGCCCUCUGCUCCCACCUCCCCACAGCCCCAAGUAUGGCCACGGCCCUGCCCCAGCCUCCCAGUGCUAAGUAGGACCACCGCCAACACUCCCAGGACCGAGAUUGCAUGGGUAGCCCCCCAUUAGCGGUGGUGCCCCUCACAGAUUCAACCAACCACAGCUCGACCAUGCUGAGCGUGUGCAGACUUCUGUCCUUGUCAUUACUCCCUCCACAAUACACCCAUCUACUUGGCGUUUUAUGUAUUGGGUGUUGGAAGUCAUUGGGGAGUAUUUAAGGUACAGGAGGUGAGUGUAGGUUAUAUACAAAUGCGACUCCAUGCUAGGUAAAGUAUUUGAGCAUCUGGGGAUGU